UGGUGAGUUAUCAACUAACACAGUAGAAAUGCCAAUACAAUUCAACUAUUCCAAAGUGUCAUGUCUGACCCUUUCUAUUGUGUCUCCUCUGUCUAUCCAUAGACUCUCUCUCUUCCUCAUCAUCUGUAGACCCACUCAUACAGUCCUCUGUGGGCUCCCUGUCCCUCCAGUCCUCCUCCUCCCAGGGCAGUCUCCAUCACACCUCAGCCCAGAGCCAGAGCCUCGGCUCCAGCUGCAGUGUGGAGCAGACCCAGACCUCCAGUAUGGGCUCCAGCUGCAGUGUGGAGUUUCCUGAGCGCUCCCCCAUCCAGAACUCCCCCUGGAGAGAGUCUAAUCUGGACCAGCCCUAUCUGAAACCUAACACACCUCUCUCUGUCUGCAGCAGCAGGCCCAGAAGUCCAGUAGGGACCCCAGUAGGGACCCCAGUGUUCCCUGCAGACAGCAGAGUCCUGCCCUCCCACUUCCCCUCCAUUAAGAACCUGGCUCUGAGACAUGGACAGAUCAACUCCUCCAGCGCCCCCUCUACUCCAGAGCUGCAUGUACGCAGACAGUACUCCCUGUCCUUCAGGCUUCCCAGAAGUAAGCCCACUCAUGACCUGGGUGAGGGACGUGGGAGAGCCAGGUUGCCACGCCGACGGCCAGAGUUCCUGGUUCGGUCUCCACAGUACACCCCCCAGCGUCUGUACCAGUCCAGCUCUGAACACUCUGUCCCAUCCUACACCAGCCCCCAGCGACUGUACCAGUCCAGCUCUGAGGACAGCAGCUCUGAACACUCUGUCCCCUCCUACACCAGCCCCCCCAGCCGGGACACGGACAGAGAUAAUCACAAAGACAGGGAGGGCCCCGCAUCUGCCGAUAUCCCCAAGCUCUGCCCUCCUCCCUAUGGCUUCCACUACGGAGCCCAAAGUCCCACCAGCCCUGCGUUGAAUGGCUCCAGCUUUCACAAGAAAAACAACCAGCACCGGUCCUCUCCCAGCUUGAGAAGAAGAAUGGCAGAGGAAGGCACCUGUUCCCCUCUUUCCCCACAGGACCUGGGCAGUCCCCUGGGGAAGGGUCUUUACCUGUCCCCCUCCCGGCCCCCCCAGCCACAGCAGCAGCACAGACACUGGCAGCAGGGGCCCCCACCGUCAUCCCCCAGGAGAGUUCUGAAGCCUCCACCCCCCUACACUCGCCUGGUACAUACCCCGUCACUGAGGGAGUACCCCAACCAACCUGGCCGGGUGUUGCCCAGGGAGAUGUCGUCAGACGAGCUCAAGUCCUGGAACCAGUUCCAGAAGUCACGCCCGAGUUCCCUGGAAGGCCAGGGGUCGUUCAGAGUGAAGAGCCCCACGUCCACUCACCUCCCGCCCUACCUGCAGGGUCCCCACCAGAAACAGAUACUUCAGAGGGCUGCAGAUGGAACUCCUAUACAGUGGUUUGUUGAAGAGGACUCGGAGAUCGUCAGCCAGGUGUAACCACAGCCAUAUACAGUAUAUGGUACACGAUAUAUAUCUAUAUCUAUGCAGUAUAUGUCUCUGGUUGUAACCAGGGGGAAUUGCCCUACUGUAGUAUAUGUCUCUGGCUGUAACCAGGGGGAGUUGCCGUACUGUAGUAUAUGUCUCUGGCUGUAACCAGGGGGAGUUGCCCUACUGUAGUAUAUAUCUCUGGCUGUAACCAGGGGGAGUUGCCCUACUGUAGUAUAUGUCUCUGGCUGUAACCAGUGGGAAUUGCCCUACUGUAGUAUAUUUCUCUGGCUGUAACCAGGGGGAGUUGCCCUACUGUAGUAUAUGUCUCUGGCUGUAACCAGGGGGAAUUGCCCUACUGUAGUAUUUGUCUCUGGUUGUAACCAGGGGGAGUUGACCUACUGUAGUAUAUGUCUCUGGUUGUAACCAGGGGGAGUUGCCCUACUGUAGUAUAUGUCUCUGGUUGUAACCAGGGGGAAUUGCCCUACUGUAGUAUAUGUCUCUGAAUGUAACCAGGGGGAAUUGCCCUACUGUAGUAUAUAUCUCUGGCUGUAACCAGGGGGAAUUGCCCUACUGUAGUAUUUGUCUCUGGUUGUAACCAGGGGGAGUUGACCUACUGUAGUAUAUGUCUCUGGUUGUAACCAGGGGGAGUUGCCCUACUGUAGUAUAUGUCUCUGGUUGUAACCAGGGGGAAUUGCCCUACUGUAGUAUAUGUCUCUGGUUGUAACCAGGGGGAAUUGCCCUACUGUAGUAUAUGUCUCUGAAUGUAACCAGGGGGAGUUGCCCUACUGUAGUAUAUGUCUCUGAAUGUAACCAGGGGGAGUUGCCCUACUGUAGUAUAUGUCUCUGGCUGUAACCAGGGGGAAUUGCCCUACUGUAGUAUAUGUCUCUGAAUGUAACCAGGGGGAGUUGCCCUACUGUAGUAUAUGUCUCUGAAUGUAACCAGGGGGAGUUGCCCUACUGUAGUAUAUGUCUCUGGCUGUAACCAGGGGGAAUUGCCCUACUGUAGUAUAUGCCUCUGGUUGUAACCAGGGGGAAUCGCCCUACUGUAGUAUAUUUCUCUGGCUGUAACCAGGGGGAAUUGCCCUACUGUAGUAUAUGCCUCUGGUUGUAACCAGGGGGAAUUGCCCUACUGUAGUAUAUGUCUCUGAAUGUAACCAGGGGGAAUUGCCCUACUGUAGUAUAUGUCUCUGAAUGUAACCAGGGGGAGUUGCCCUACUGUAGUAUAUGUCUCUGGCUGUAACCAGGGGGAGUUGCCCUACUGUAGUAUAUGUCUCUGGCUGUAACCAGGGGGAGUUGCCACUACUGUAGUAUAUGUCUCUGGCUGUAACCAGGGGGAGUUGCCCUACUGUAGUAUAUAUCUCUGGCUGUAACCAGGGGGAGUUGCCCUACUGUAGUAUAUGCCUCUGGUUGUAACCAGGGGGAGUUGCCCUACUGUAGUAUAUGUCUCUGGUUGUAACCAGGGGGAGUUGCCCUACUGUAGUAUAUGUCUCUGAAUGUAACCAGGGGGAAUUGCCCUACUGUAGUAUAUAUCUCUGGCUGUAACCAGGGGGAGUUGCCCUACUGUAGUAUAUGCCUCUGGUUGUAACCAGGGGGAGUUGCCCUACUGUAGUAUAUGUCUCUGGCUGUAACCAGGGGGAAUUGCCCUACUGUAGUAUAUGUCUCUGGUUGUAACCAGGGGGAGUUGCCCUACUGUAGUAUAUGUCUCUGAAUGUAACCAGGGGGAAUUGCCCUACUGUAGUAUAUAUCUCUGGCUGUAACCAGGGGGAGUUGCCCUACUGUAGUAUAUGCCUCUGGUUGUAACCAGGGGGAGUUGACCUACUGUAGUAUAUGUCUCUGGUUGUAACCAGGGGGAGUUGCCCUACUGUAGUAUAUGUCUCUGGUUGUAACCAGGGGGAAUUGCCCUACUGUAGUAUAUGUCUCUGGUUGUAACCAGGGGGAAUUGCCCUACUGUAGUAUAUGUCUCUGAAUGUAACCAGGGGGAGUUGCCCUACUGUAGUAUAUCUCUGGCUGUAACCAGGGGGAGUUGCCGUACUGUAGUAUAUGUCUCUGGCUGUAACCAGGGGGAAUUGCCCUACUGUAGUAUAUGUCUCUGGCUGUAACCAGGGGGAGUUGCCCUACUGUAGUAUAUGUCUCUGAAUGUAACCAGGGGGAGUUGCCCUACUGUAGUAUAUGUCUCUGAAUGUAACCAGGGGGAGUUGCCCUACUGUAGUAUAUGUCUCUGGCUGUAACCAGGGGGAAUUGCCCUACUGUAGUAUAUGCCUCUGGUUGUAACCAGGGGGAAUCGCCCUACUGUAGUAUAUUUCUCUGGCUGUAACCAGGGGGAAUUGCCCUACUGUAGUAUAUGCCUCUGGUUGUAACCAGGGGGAAUUGCCCUACUGUAGUAUAUGUCUCUGGCUGUAGCCAGGGGGAGUUGCCCUACUGUAGUAUAUGUCUCUGGCUGUAACCAGGGGGAAUUGCCCUACUGUAGUAUAUGUCUCUGGUUGUAACCAGGGGGAGUUGCCCUAUUGUAGUAUAUGUCUCUGAAUGUAACCAGGGGGAAUUGCCCUACUGUAGUAUAUAUCUCUGGCUGUAACCAGGGGGAGUUGCCCUACUGUAGUAUAUGCCUCUGGUUGUAACCAGGGGGAGUUGCCCUACUGUAGUAUAUAUCUCUGGCUGUAACCAGGGGGAGUUGCCACUACUGUAGUAUAUGUCUCUGGCUGUAACCAGGGGGAGUUGCCCUACUGUAGUAUAUGUCUCUGGCUGUAACCAGGGGGAGUUGCCACUACUGUAGUAUAUGUCUCUGGCUGUAACCAGGGGGACUUGCCCUACUGUAGUAUAUGUCUCUGGCUGUAACCAGGGGGAGUUGCCGUACUGUAGUAUAUGUCUCUGAAUGUAACCAGGGGGAGUUGCCCUACUGUAGUAUAUGUUUCUGGCUGUAACCAGGGGGAGUUGCCCUACUGUAGUAUAUGUCUCUGGCUGUAACCAGGGGGAAUUGCCCUACUGUAGUAUAUGUCUCUGGCUGUAACCAGGGGGAAUUGCCGUACUGUAGUAUAUGUCUCUGGCUGUAACCAGGGGGAGUUGCCGUACUGUAGUAUAUGUCUCUGGCUGUAACCAGGGGGAGUUGCCGUACUGUAGUAUAUGUCUCUGGCUGUAACCAGGGGGAAUUGCCCUACUGUAGUAUAUGUCUCUGGCUGUAACCAGGGGGAGUUGCCCUACUGUAGUAUAUGUCUCUGAAUGUAACCAGGGGGAGUUGCCCUACUGUAGUAUAUGUCUCUGAAUGUAACCAGGGGGAGUUGCCCUACUGUAGUAUAUGUCUCUGGCUGUAACCAGGGGGAAUUGCCCUACUGUAGUAUAUGUCUCUGGCUGUAACCAGGGGGAAUUGUCCUACUGUAGUAUAUGUCUCUGGCUGUAACCAGGGGGAAUUGCCCUACUGUAGUAUAUGCCUCUGGUUGUAACCAGGGGGAAUUGCCCUACUGUAGUAUAUUUCUCUGGCUGUAACCAGGGGGAAUUGCCCUACUGUAGUAUAUGCCUCUGGUUGUAACCAGGGGGAAUUGCCCUACUGUAGUAUAUAUCUCUGGCUGUAACCAGGGGGAGUUGCCCUACUGUAGUAUAUGUAUCUGGCUGUAACCAGGGGGAGUUGCCCUACUGUAGUAUAUGUCUCUGGCUGUAACCAGGGGGAAUUGCCCUACUGUAGUAUAUGUCUCUGGUUGUAACCAGGGGGAGUUGCCCUACUGUAGUAUAUGUCUCUGAAUGUAACCAGGGGGAAUUGCCCUACUGUAGUAUAUAUCUCUGGCUGUAACCAGGGGGAGUUGCCCUACUGUAGUAUACGCCUCUGGUUGUAACCAGGGGGAGUUGCCCUACUGUAGUAUAUAUCUCUGGCUGUAACCAGGGGGAGUUGCCACUACUGUAGUAUAUGUCUCUGGCUGUAACCAGGGGAGUUGCCCUACUGUAGUAUAUGUCUCUGGCUGUAACCAGGGGGAGUUGCCCUACUGUAGUAUAUGUCUCUGGCUGUAACCAGGGGGACUUGCCCUACUGUAGUAUAUGUCUCUGGCUGUAACCAGGGGGACUUGCCCUACUGUAGUAUAUGUCUCUGGCUGUAACCAGGGGGAGUUGCCCUACUGUAGUAUAUGUUUCUGGCUGUAACCAGGGGGAGUUGCCCUACUGUAGUAUAUGUCUCUGAAUGUAACCAGGGGGAAUUGCCCUACUGUAGUAUAUGUCUCUGAAUGUAACCAGGGGGAGUUGCCCUACUGUAGUAUAUUUCUCUGGCUGUAACCAGGGGGAGUUGCCCUACUGUAGUAUAUGUUUCUGGCUGUAACCAGGGGGAGUUGCCCUACUGUAGUAUAUGUCUCUGGCUGUAACCAGGGGGAGUUGCCCUACUGUAGUAUAUGUCUCUGGCUGUAACCAGGGGGAAUUGCCCUACUGUAGUAUAUGUCUCUGGCUGUAACCAGGGGGAAUUGCCCUACUGUAGUAUAUGUCUCUGGCUGUAACCAGGGGGAAUUGCCCUACUGUAGUAUAUGUCUCUGGCUGUAACCAGGGGGA